ACCAUUAACUUGGACUAUGUAGCCAUCAACCUCGAUUGCAUCAACGAGGACCUGAACUCCGUGGAUUUGGCCUCCUGCCGAUAUGAAGUUGAGGCCGAGGAGGGAGGUCUUGGACAGCCAUGGUAUUGGAUAUCGCAGAUGAUCGGGGAGGCAGCUAUACCUUCUCUGGAUGUUCCGGUCAUGGAGGUGCGCCUUACGAGUAUUGUGCAGUUCUUUGAGAAGACAAGAGAGACCAGCUUGGACAAGGUGAUUAUCACCGAUCUUCUGGGCUUGUCCGAGUCUUUGGUCUCCAGCAAUGAGGCGACGCCACCUACGCUGUCGGCGGUGGACAGCGUGCAAGCUCCAUUGGGCAGUUUUCACGAGAGCAGUGCCGUGCUGACAUCCAGCGUCCUCUCGAAGACGGUCAAGACUUUCAAUGACAUGCAGGCGCGAGUCGUCUGCAGCGGUUCAGGUCUUCAGCAGUAUGCCUUUACUUAA